ACGCUGCACCUCAGUCACACCCAGAGGACUUGAGACUCAACACACUCUAAUUCCUGCAAAUAUAAAAAGAGCUUUCAUAUUGGGAAAAAGCUUGAGAGGCGGAGAGUGAGUGGAAGUCUGCAGGAUCUGUGGAGGAAAGGCAGAACAAGAAACAAGAAGAGAGGACAAGCAUUUUGGAAAAGCUCUGAGUAAGUCUCCAAUAAGAAGAUGUUGCACCAGCGCUGGCUUUUUAUGAUUCUGAUUGGAUGUAUGUGCAGCUCUGGGUCUGGUUCAGUGUGUUUGGAAAGCUCUACGUGCAAUGAUAGGACUGACGAGGACAAAAUACAGGACUGUCUUCACCUCUGCACGUCUUCAAUCGAGAGUGAAAUCAAACCACUAGGCGUAGCUGAUCAGCAGGAUUCGGAUGGUUUUGGUGAUUCUGAACUAACCAGAGAUAAUGAGAAGGAUGACCUGUUGCUCAGUAUCAUUCUCUCCACUCUGGCUUCUAAAGACAAAGCAGCAGAGGACGAUCUGGACGCCCACGAUGAUCAACGUCGCUCCUAUGCCAUGGAGCAUUUCCGCUGGGGGAAGCCCUUGGGCCGCAAGCGACGGCCUGUCAAAGUGUUCCCCUCUGAUGUGGAUGAAGACGCCUUCCCCCUGCGGGCUCGCAGGCAAGUGAGCUGGAACAAGGCUGAAGCGAAGGAUGGCAUGGUUAAAGGAAACAGUAAAAACCUGCAUCUGCUGCGGUCCAGACCCAGGUUCAGGUCCCAAACACCGCAAGGCCUGCCGGAGAGAAAAGCUGAGACCUACAAGAUGAGUCACUUCAGAUGGGGCAGCCCACCUGCGUCAAAACCAAACGGGGGAUUGAAGAAGCUGUGGGACGAGAAACCUCGGGGAAAGAUUGCUAAAUUACUCAAGAACAUUUUGGAGAAGGAUGUGAAAAUCAUGUUGGAAUAAAGAGUAGAUCAACUAGAGAUGUGUCUGUAAAAUAAAUCUUGGUUAGUUUCCAUAUAUCUUCAUCUAAGAAACUACUUACUUCAGAAUAAAUGUAUUUUGGGUUGUAAUAUUUAAUUAAAACUGACUUAAGGCAGUAAUAAAGCACAUAAUGACCUGCUUGAAGUAUUUGGACAUGACUUGAAACUUUAAAAGUUAUCACUCAGUUAAUUAAAUCUUGUAUUGGCUUUG